GUAACGUGAAUGACCCUAUCCCACAAUUCCAUGCCGCGCCAAACACGAAAGACCGAGGCCCAAUUCUCUUUGCGCGCACCUCGACAUGAACCCUGUGCCGCUUUUCAACUGCAAUACCCAUACCUUUUCUCACUGUCGGACCUGGCCGACGCUCGCUCAUACCGUGUCUGAGGCCCUGGUUCUAGCGCGUGCGCAGUGUCCCCACGAUUAUUCGCCUUGCCUCUGCUUGGACGAUUGGUCAGCCCUGUGAACCGGAAUAACCUCUGUCUCUGUCCUGACCCCACCUGGUGCUCCCGUGACCGGAUAUCAUGCCUUCUGGCUCUGGACUCGGGAGCAAGAAGAGGGAACGAGAGGAUACUGUUUCCGAAGGGCCGCCGGAUACGCCUGAACGGGAUAGUGUCUCAGGCGCUGCUGGAUCACCUUCAACAACAACGACGCCGGGGAAUACCAGUGCGGGCGGAGGCAGUGGUGUUGGGUCGGGGAAUUCAACAACGAACUUUCGAAAUGUUUCGGCUUGUAAUCGAUGUCGAAAUCGGAAGAAUCGAUGCGAUCAAAAGCUCCCGAAAUGCACAAAUUGUCUGAAGGCCAAUGUAAGAUGUGUUGGAUUCGAUCCUGUCAGCAAGCGCGAGAUUCCUCGUAGCUAUGUCUACUAUCUUGAAACAAGAGUGAGAAAUCUGGAGGCUCUGCUUGAUUCUCACGGGAUAGCGUACCCUCCUCCGAGUCAGGAUUUUGCAAUUAGCGAAACGAUCAAGCCAGGCAUCAAUGUUCCUUUCCCAGUGCAAGAAGAAGCUUCGCCUCACUCGGCGCAACCAGCUGAUGCGCCGCCGGUGCAAUCAACUUUAGACCCUGUCCUACGUGAAGAAGAAGACGGCGAGAGGCUCGAGAAGCUGGUCAAUGAUGUUGGCAUGGUGUCUGUUCAAGGGGCAGGUGAUGCCCGCAUGCUUGGCUCUACCACUUCCGGCAUCUCAUUUGCGAGGGUCGUCUUUGCUGCUGUGAAGAGGUCAGUGAAUCAGACUCCCACGCCAAGCGAGAAAGGUGGUGGAAAAGCUCGCAAAUUGUCAGCGAGUGAAGCUGCCGGCGGUGCAACGUCAAUGCGAGACUCCUUUUUCGGACUACAUACCAAGCCUACAAUCAAGCCAGCUCCCUUCCCGGAAAGAGAACUUGGACUUCGGCUGACAGAGCUCUACUUUGAGCACGCCAAUCCCCAAAAUCCUGUUCUACACCGAGGGGAAUUCAUGACAUUGUUCGACAGAGUGUAUGCCACAGACGCGAAGAAGAGGACUCCAAGAGAACUGUACAUGCUCAACAUUGUGUUCGCCAUUGGGUCAGGAAUUAUUGUAGAUUCCUCUAGUAUUGAGCAGUCAGUGGCUGCAACAGAGUCAGUCGACGAGUCUGGACCACCAAACAAGAAGCGUCAAAGAAUGACGAAUCAACAGCACCAGCCUGAAGAAUACCACAGCUCAGCAAUAAUUCACCUCGAAAGCUUCCUGGGGUCGGCUUCCGCAAGCGAAGGCGUUGGUGGCGGACUGGAAGAACUGCAGGCCGUCUUACUGUUGGCAGGUCUAGCACUGCUGCGACCCGUCGCUCCUGGCUUGUGGUACAUCAUUGGUGUCGCAGUUCGGCUGAGUAUUGAUCUUGGGCUGCAUUUCGAGGAGAUCGACCACGAUCUUGACAACAGAGCCACACAUCCCGAUGGCGACAUGUCCAAUGACUCACUUGGCCGCAAGCAGUGGACACGGGACGUACGCAGAAGGCUCUGGUGGUGUGUCUUUAAUCUCGACAGAUUGGUGUCUUCUUGUGUCGGAAGACCGGUGUCGGUCAACGAGGCAGUGGUGACGACUGAGUUCCCCAGUAUGCUGGACGAUAAAUACAUCACUCCCUCGGGCUUCUACAAGCCACCGAACUAUGCAGAGCGACCAAGCUACAAGCUGAUCACGCGGCAUUACAUUCGGCUCCGACUACUGCAGUCGGAGAUUCUGCAGGUCUUGCAACAGCGACAAGCUGAUCAAGCGCGGAGGCUGGGUGCUAAUGCUGGCAAUGACUACAUCCUCAGUGGACUUGGUUCGCCAUUUUUGCAACCAUUCCACUCAUUCCGCGACUGGCGGGCGAAUAUUGAUCGUAGGCUAUUGGAGUGGAAAGAAUCCUCACCACAACAGUACGACACCGGCGUGAGCUUCAACCCACUGUUCCUGGACCUGAACUAUUGGCAAGCUGUGAUUAUGCUGUACCGCCAGUCGCUAUCUGUUCCAGAGCAACUCGCUAGCGAGUUGAGUCCAGCAACAGGAGAAGAUGUGCAAAGCCCAGGUAGCGUGAACUUUGAGCUUGAGGAGGACAAGCAGAUGGUUUUCAUGAAGGUCGCCGAGGCCGGUCAAAUGGUGCUGAGAAUAUAUCGGCAACUGCAUAGAUUGAAGCUGGUGAACUACACGUUCCUUGCUACGCACCAUCUGUUCAUGAGUGGCAUCUCUUUCCUUUACGCUAUAUGGCAUUCGACCCUCGUCAGGUCCCAGAUGACCAUCGACGAUGUAGACUUCACUGUGCUCGCUGCAACAUCUGUUCUCAGCGACUUGAUACCCAUGUGUCCGCCCGCUGAAGCAUGCCGAGACGCAUUCGUGCGCAUGAGCAAGGCCACGAUAUCCAUGGUAAUGAGCACGACAGGAUUCGGCAACCGGUCGACAUGGGACACUCAAUCCCUCAACAAUCCAGACGGCUACUUUGGAGGAGGCAAUCCAGCAGUGAAGCAAGAAGCUCGAACGCCCCACCAAAGCCGCCGACAGCUCCCCAAGUUCGAUAUGAAUCUCAAAGAUUUAUUCUCGGAAGAAGAAAUCGCGAGCCGCCCGCUGCAUCAUCAACCCAAACUGCAAGGAUUCUUGCGACAUAUUCCGAAGCAGCCUCCAAUUUCUCCGCAACUCCCCACCAAUACCAGCCCACGGGCAAGCACUGAGGCUAAUGCGACCCAGCCCACGCAACAACUGCAGACUUUGCCGCAAGCGAGUCCGCCACUCCCAGUAUCCAGUUCGUCAGCAUCCUUGCGACCGCCUUCCAGGAACCAGCAGCCGCAACAGCCUGCGUACCAGCAAGCCUCACCGUUCGUGGACAACUCAGCGUCAGCAGGAGCAAACGCCUCGGAACCAGACUACUCUUUCGACAACCUGGAUUUUCUCAACGACUUCUCUCUGACAGAACCGGGCAACAGCGGCAGCAACGGCGGUGCCAGCUUCUGGGGUCAAUCUCAUGCAGGAGAUGGCACAGACCUGGGGUUCAAUGGGGGCGUUGCGAAUGGCGGUUUCGCUGACGACAGCGGGGCCUGGGAAGCAUCGGGAGAGGUCUUCGAUGCAUUUUUCUUUGGUUCUGGAAGUGGAGGAGCAAGCGCGUACUGACCUGUCGAUCGAUCUUCACGCGGGAAGCAUCUAUGGUACGCCCGAGGCGAUGUGGAUGAUACCACAAAAUCAUUGUAUAGCUCAGCCUAAAACUGCCAGGGGAACAGUGCGAAAGGGCUCAUGUCUCUCGAGUAUUUGUCAACUCCAUCGAAUCCUCUACAUCAUCACUAGACCUGCUAACCGACAGUUCCAUUUCAAUACAGUUGCAGAAGCC